AGCUGUAGCCUUCAGUGGGCCAUUGCGCGUAGUCGUCUUGCAUACUCCCGGCCUGUGAGCUAUGGUAUGCCCUCUGACGUGGGAGUUCGAGCCGUUUGGGGCACAUCGACACUGGGUAUAUUGAAUUUUACAUUGAAUGACCUCUGAACAACUGAUCAAAGCUUGGACGUACCUCCCGUUAUGAUGCUCUGCUUUGGGCCUUUUGUUAUCAGGGCAGUCCAUAUAAGCCGAACAUUCUUGCUAGCCACCACCCUUACCACCAGUGUACUUCGCCACGAGCAACACAACUCUACAUAAAAUGGAUCCUCCUAACACUAGAGAGGACUCAUCAUCAACGGCCGAGACUCCUAGCCCCAGCGGUGAACCGACAGACAGGCCAAGGCAGCUCUUCCCUAUCCAGGAUGACGAGGAAUCAGCACAGUUUGGGCCGGAUGUCGAGAAGCAAUCGACUGCAGAGUGGCCUCAGAGCCAAGGUCCUCCCCGUGUUCACUGGAACGACCCUUUCCGUCGAGUCACUACACAUGAUCCAAGUCUUCUCGCAUUAGGACGCCGCCGCGGGUCCCAAGCGGCAGAGGCACGGCGACGGAUGUCUCAGACCCUCCGAAGGACGUCCACCGCGGUAGCAGGGGCCAUCCAGAAAAUUGACCCUCUCACCGUCACGACCGGAAAUCCUUUAGGGUUGGAAAUCAAUGAGAUACGCCGAGUUUCGUCGGUAGGCUUUGUUCAACCGAACUUCAACGCUCGACGGUAUUCGCGAGCACCAUCCUCGUAUGAAAGACUUCAGAAACCUAUAACGACCGAGUCGCUGGAAGAGUCGCCCGAGGAGAUUGCCCGUGGUGGCAUGAGCGAGAAGGUUGAAGAAUACACCAUUCAGCGUCUGGCCGCACACGACGAUGUCGAGCUCUUGACCACGACCAAACGCAUCAUGUACAGGCUUUGCCCUCUCCUUGUGGUUGCGACAAUUGCCGCGUAUUGGAUCUACUUUGCUCUCAGAGUCAGGUUUACGCUGGAUGCUCAGAGAGCGGCGCACAAGACAUAUUGGAUGGCAUGGGCGUUCAUUCUCGUCGAAUUGUUCGUUUCCAUCCCCAUGUUGCUGCACCGUCUGUGGGGAUGGCAUGCCGUCGGAUCGAGAAAACGGCCGAGACUUCGACUCGUCGGAGAUGAGGUUCCGUCGGUCGACGUGGUGAUUACAUGUUGUGGCGAGGACGACGACUUGGUCUUGGAUACGGCAAAGGCGGCAUGUAACAUUGACUACCCACCUAAACGAUUCAGGGUUCUCAUUUGUGACGAUGGGAAAUCCAAGCGCCUGCAGGACUUGGUUGAAGAGACAGCUCUGACUCAAUUCGACAACCUCUAUUACCGUUCCAGACCGAAGUAUCCUGGCGUUCCCCAUCAUUUCAAGGCUGGAAACCUAAACGAUGCUCUGGAAGAGACCGCGAAAUUGCCGGGUGGCGCUGCCAACUUCCUGGCUGCCCUUGAUGCCGACAUGAUCCCGAUGAGGGACUGGCUACGAGCUCUGCUUCCCCAUAUGCUUCAAGACCCAAAGUGCUCCAUGGCCUGCCCUCCGCAAUUGUUUUACAACGUUCCCAAGGACGACCCUCUCUGCCAAAGUCUGGACACCUUCGUCCAUAUUUCAGAACCCAUCAAAGACUCCCUGGGCGUCGCAUGGUGCACUGGAUCUGGAUAUGUUCUCAGACGUGCUGCUCUAAAUAUGCUGUUGGGUUCCGGAUGGAACACGGCAUUUGUGCAUGAACCAUUACAAUUCGGUACCGUUCCAGACUCGCUCACUAGCCACCUGAAACAACGAACUCGUUGGACGAUCGGAACGGUACAGACUUCUUUGAAAUUGCGCUUCAGUAUCUACGGCCCUUUGGUGAAGCACAUGACCUUCCCUCAACGGCUGUGCGGUUUCGUGUACACGGUCUCGUCGCUCUUCACGGUCUUCCUGGUAAUGUCCAUCUUUACCACACCCAUUGUACUCGUGUCACACGGCAACCUAGUACCUUACAAGACCAUCAACCAGCUCAAGUGGCUCGUCCGGGCCAACUUCUUGACCACCGUGUUGAAUCGGAUCAACGAAUUCAUCUCGUACCUCCCCUCGGGAUACGUCACCGGCCAAAGAGACGCGCGAGCCAUGAUGUGGAUGGCACCGUUUCAUUCCAUGUCCGUCAUCCGAACGUUCCUCCUUCCAAAAUGGCUCGGCGGGAAAGUUGCCGUCUUCACCUCGUCGGGAUCACAAAAGGCCGACUUGAACGAAAGGAAUCCUCAAAUGAGGGCGCCUGUUUGGCGACGUCUCAAAGUCACGAUUUGGGACUGUCAAUGCUACAUGCAUCUCGUCUAUAUCGCAUUCGCCCUGGCCGCGGUCUGUCUCAGUAUGUACUGGAACUUCACCGAUUCACAGAACCGCACGGCCAAACAGGUCCUCAUCGCGCUCCUGACCCAUGCGUUCUGGCCGCCGCUCAUCUGGCUGACCUCUGUCUUGUCGUGCUGGGUGCCUAUAAGCUAUGCACUCUUCCCGCCGUCGGAGCCGGACAGACAGGAGUUGCUGGUGCGAGAUCCGGUCACAGGGGUCGCUUACCCCUCUGAGGAGUCGAAAAAGACGAAAAUCAGCUGGGCUGCGUAUGCGUUUGAGGUGGAAUACAGUAUGAUCACGGUUUAUACCACGGUUGUGUUUAUACUAUCAUUCUGGUUCUAGAAGGCAGGGAUCGUUUCUGCAACGCUACAUCGUCCAUCGAGCUGUUAAAUUCAUUUGACUAUACAGCCAUUGUCACGGAAGAAUGUUCUCUCUCUCUCUGUGAUAUCUUCUGACCGACAACAAUACUACACCUUGACACUUGCAAAGUUCCACUUUGGGCCUAUGACAUCUCGGCCGUGCGUGCCGUUGCUGCCUGGUUCUUUUGCAUACUGAUCACAGCAAACAAUGUCACUACCAGUGCCAGGACCUUGCCUUGUUUCUUUCACGCGCAUGCUUACGGUGUUGUAUUACUUUACUGCCACCCCUCGCUAGACAAAAAUGAA